AUGGCCGGCUAUAUAACUGUCAAUCGUUUGAGUUUAAUUCAGUUAGAAACUGAAGAACGUAAAUAUCGUGCUCAUUUGAAAAAAGUAGCUGAAAUGAAACGUCAUAGUUCUAUUGAUAAUAAAACACCGGUGAAAUGUCCACAUUUGAAAAUAAGUCGUGAUUUUAAUAUUGCUCAACGUCGACAUGAAAUUGAACAACAAAAUAAAACAAAAUCACAAAAACUUGUUGAAAUAAUGAAAAAAAAAUCAAAAACGUUAAAUAGUCAACAAUCAACGAUAUUACCACAGUUAAAUAGAAAAUUAAGUAUAUCAACAAAUUCACCUUUUAAUGGAGUAGAUACCAAUGCAAAAAUUGUUGAACGUUUAGUUAAAACAAAAGGCAUUUAUAAUGUUAAAAAAUGGAAUGAUGAAUAUGAAUUACACAAAUCAUAUUUAGAAAUAUCAAAAAAUAACAAACUAUUUACACCGAUAGGUAUCGGUGUUAAUAAUCGAAUAGCCAAAACAGCUACACCAAAAACGUCAACACCACAGUCAAGACGUACAGGAUUAACAUCAUCAUCGAAUCAAAUUUUAGAUAAACUUGUACUGAAAGCAUCAUAA